AAUAUAUAUAAGCAAAUCAAGUGUGUUGAGAAUGAGAUGCAGCUCCAAGCACUACUGCAACAUUUACUGUCAUUGCCCCUGUUAUUGUUGUUGCUCCUGCAAACAAAUGCAGUGUUAUUUUUCUUCAAACCAUUUUUCAUUGCUUGACAUGGAAGAUUUUAAGUAUAAAAAAAAAAUCACCUUGAUUUGGUUCUCUGGUAAGAUUUAUGACAUUGACAUAAAAAAAAUCCAUAAUUUAGAUUGUAUGUAUCAUUAGAGGCUUUAAGCAAGAUAUAAUAGUCCCAACUUAGUCCCAUUAGAUAAGUUGUUUAGUUUAAUACUUAAAAAAUAUUGUUCAAAACUAUGUUAAAAAUUGAAUUGAUUUACUUAUUGGGGUUACAUAUUUUGUUUCAAAAUCAGUUUGCAAACAAAAUAAUAUUUAUGUUCAUAGUUGCAAAGUUAUAUUUACUUGCUAUUUUGAUUUCCUUGAUUUCCAAUCAAUAUAUGACCAAAUGAAAUUUUAUUAGUCUUUUGUCUUUAAUCUCUGACUUUGUUUUUUUUUCCCUUCAAAAUUUUAUUUAUUUAGAAAUAUGAUUAUUGGACAAAGAAAACAAGUGUUCCAACUUCAAACCCUUUUAAGAUUAUUUGCUGUCAUUUGAAACAAAAAUGACAUCUCAUGUUUUUUUGCUAAUUAUUUUUCCAUUUACAUUCAUUAUCUAAAGUUUCCUUUUUAAACAGAGCAAUUUUAGUCAAAUUCCAUUUUUACUACUAGCCGUUAGACUUACACUUAGGAGGUUUAUAAUCUAUAUAUAAACUAUAUCUUGUAAAUCAAAUCAAACCAAGUAGAUUCUCAAAUCUUUCAUUAGAUUUUUUUCAAAAAAAGAUUUUGGCUACAAUAACAUAUUAUAUCUUAGCAUAGAUUUGUUUAUAAAUAUGAGUUCAUUAUCAUCAUCAUCACAUCAUACUCGUUGUGCUGCUUGUAAGUAUUUGAGAAAGAGUUGCCCUUCAGAUUGCAUUUUCUCUCCAUAUUUUCCUUCCAACAAUCCUCAACGAUUUUCUUUUGUUCAUAAAGUUUUCGGGGCCAGCAAUGUCGGGAAAAUGCUCAAGCGAUUACCGGUAGAACUGCGUGGUGAAGCAGCAGAUACUAUGCAUUUCGAGGCGACAUGUAGAAUAGAGAAUCGAGUUUAUGGAUGUGUCGGGAUUAUUUCUCAGUUACAACAACAAAUACAGCAUGUUGAGACUGAAUUGGCUAUGACAAGAGCUGAGAUUGCUUUGUUUUCUUCAACUUCUUCUUGUUCUUCUAAUCCUAAUCCUAAUUUUAGUGAUUAUGCUGAGAUUAUACAAGAACCCCAUUUUCAAGAAGAAUAUUCUAACCUCAACAGCUUCACACAAUCACAACAAAAUGAUAACAAUGUUAUUGGACAGUAUGAUAAUCAUUUCUUCAAAUUUUAAUUAAGUUCUAGUAA